UCUGAUAUACUUAUUUUUAGAUCAAACCAUUUUUCAAUAUGAAACCUCUAUCAAAGGCUGAUAGGGAAAGAGCAAGAAAUCAGAAGAUUCCAAAACUAAGUGAAUUAUUGGAAAUUGCACGGAAGGCGAACAAAUUGGUGAUAUUUGAUCUUAAUUCUCCUCCACGUUCACAUCCUGCCAGAUCAUCGUAUAUUCGCCUUGUAGUAAGAGUGAUCCUUGACUCUAAGAUUGAGCAACAUCUGAUUAUUUGGUUACCAGGUUCCGAUAGGGAUUACGUCAGGAGAAAAGCUCCUGGUUUUCAGCACAUUGGCCGGUUAUUCACCAUCGAACAACUUACAAAAGAAAAGAUCACUAGAAUAAACGUUGACUACAAGAACUUGUUCCACAAUGGGUUGAAGUAAGUGUUUAACCACAGCUCU